AUGGUCAGAACGCCACAAGGAACAUCGGAAGAUAUUGAAGUGAGAGUCAGCCUUCACCAAGGAUCAAUCCUGAGUCCACUCCUGUUCAUCCUAGUUAUCGACGUGGUGAGCGAGGAGUGUGGAGGAGGAUUGCUCUGGGAAAUGUUCGGCGACGACUUGGUCAUUUCAGCGACGAGUGAAAAGAACUUGGAAGCACAGCUCAGGAUGUGGAAGAAAGCACUCGAGGGUCGAGAGCUAAAAGUGAACAUAAAGAAGACUGUCGUCAUGAGAAGCAGCAAAGGAGCAAGAAGAAAGCUAAACAUCAAAGAGGAGAGAGGCGUAAAGUACGACCAAGUUCAUGAGUUCAAGUAUCUCGGCAGCACGAUGGCAAGUGAAUGA